AUGGCAUCCACAGCUUCUGAUUCUACUGAUUCUCUUGUGGUAGAACCUAUCAAUCUCUCCCUGAUGAAUUUUGUUUCGUCAUCAACAAGUAAUUGCCUUUCGUCUGCCAUGAAUCACAUCGGACAAUCUUCAAACAACCACAACAAUUAUCACAGUGAUAGAAAGGCCUUUUCAUGUGCUACUCCAGUUAGUACUGGAGAAUUGCUGCCACAUGAAGAAAGAUUGCAAAAGAGAAGUGAUUUAUUGCAAUUAUUCGAAAUUGAGCCAGCUCUGUCGAGCGUUGGAGGAGAUUUGGUUCGACACUCAACCAGUGCUCUGUUUUCACAAAGAGUACAAUGUAGAGUAGAGGAUUAUAUUGAUGAUUACCUGUCGAGAAUAUCGCAACAAGUAAGAAUACCAAGAUAUUCACACAAAAUUUUACCUAAACUUCCACCAACUCAACCUUCCACAUCAUCAACCACCACCACCCCUAAUGAAAAUACAAACCCUAUAGAAACAACAACAACCUCGAGUAAUAAUGAAAAGAAUAAGAUUGAUAUGGAUGAUGAUUUCAAGUCAGCCGCCAGCACUGAUAAACGUGUAACAAUGGAUUUACUGACAUAUCUUCAAAACAAAGAAACCUAUGAAACAACAAAUGCUAACAGAAACAAACAAGCUACUCGAGGAACACACCAAUCUUCAAGUUCGUUUGGAGCAGCAGCUGCUUUGGGCAAGUUUUCAAGACCAAAGGCACCAACUAGAAUGAAGGAGGAAAGAAUGUCUGCGAUCAUCACUGACACAAGUUUCCUAAACACUACAUAUUCAUGUGACAUUUCAACAUCUAGUAACAAACCUGUCGAGCAAUCACCUUCGAGAAAAAAACUUUCCAUCUUUGGAAAGCCUUCUCCACCUCCAAUACCACAAAAGGAAACAGUGUUUUCAACUCCAACCAAAAUGGAUCCUGCUCAAGAUGAAAAAACUAAAAGUCCACCAACUAUUGAGGCAACACUUUCAGGAAACUCCCAACAUUCUUUCAGUCCUAUUAGAAGAAUUGCUAGGGAGAGAAUUGUUGGACCUCAUGUUGCUGACUUUGUUUGUGACUUGACCUAUCCUAAUUUCCAAAACGCUUCUGUUGUGCAUUUAGCUGCCAAGUAUAAUCAUGUUGAUAUUUUGCAAUGGCUUUUGGAAUGUUGUUGUGACCACGAUUGCAGCAAGGAUAGUCCAACAGGUGAAACAGCAGAACACUCUAAAAAGUGUAAACAAAGACAAGCUAAAUUGUGGGUCUUACAGGACAAACAAGAAAUGACACCAUUAUUCUAUGGUGUUGGUGGAAAUGAUUUGGGUGAGAAGGCUCAUGAUGCUUGUGUAUUUUUAUGUAGUCAACCAUCAGUUCAAGAAAAGCAAUUGAACUUUAUUCCAGAUCAAUACGGAAAUCUUCCAAUAGUAUUGGCAUUGAAGCGUAAAGAUUACGAACUUUGUGAUAUGCUUCAAUUAUUUGGAGCCAAGUUGGAUAUUACAGUUGGUGUAGGUAUUUUGGGAGAGUCAUUACUUCAUGGAGCAUUCAGAGAUUGCAAUAUGGAUAUGAGUCAAUACAUUUGCAAGUACAUGCCAAGACUCUUACUCAAAAAGAAUCAAAGAGAGGAGCAUGCUCUAUUCGCUUGCCUCAGAGAUUAUAGAACUAUUAACACUCACAGUUCAAAUUCAUCAUCUAAUUUAUUGGAUCUCACCGAGAAAAAGACAAGAGUAGAGAGGAGAAUGAGUAAUCUGGUUGUCAUUAACAAGAAUACAAGUGGCAAAUAUUAUCUCUUCCUUAAAGAUAUACUCAGUAAUGGAACAACACUCUUCGGUACAGAGCUAUUUGAAAAGGCUCUCUUAAUGAAAAACUCAUUUGGAUACAAUGUAUUGAUGCAAGCAGUUUGUUUCAAUGAUGUGGAUUGCGUCAAAACAAUUUGUAAAUUCCUUUUCGAGUAUACUUUGAAGAAUCCUGACAAGUUCAAGUUUGUUUCUUCAAUGGUUUUUGAUAGAGAUAAAGAAGGAAAGACCAUUUUCCACAUCAGCAUGGACUUUGCUGUAAGAAUGAUGUCUAAAAAACCUGAUGACUUUUUACCUUGGCUUAAUGGUUUCGAAUGGUUAAUGACCUGGCUAGAACAAAAUUUUUUAUGCCAUCCAGGAAAUGAUAUUGUUGUCAAGACACCUCUCACACUCUAUAACUUCCUCUCUAUCAAGGAUAAUAGUGGAAAGACAGCCUUUGAUAUAAUCUCUACUAUGGAUUUUACCAGAUCUGAAUGGGCAACUAUUAAGGAUUGUCUCACCCAGGCAACUGAUAAGUGGCAAAAAGAAAAAUCAAUUUCUGGCUCUGCUUCUUCCCUUGUUUUUGACAUGGGCGAAAAGCAAGGCUUGGUUGCAAUCCUCAAAAGCAAAUUCAAAAGAAACAAAUAACACUCCUAAUUACCUAACGAAAUAACAUCAUUAUCAGUGAAACCUAUUGAUAAUAAACAUUAAUUUGUAAC